GGGGAAGCACUUCCGGGGCAGCGGCGUGGCGGCGCGGGAGAAGGUGGCUCUGGAGAGUGGUGAGUCAGAGGAGACCACAGGCAGCAGGCAGCUGGGGCCAUGGCCUCCGACCUGGACUUCUCCCCUCCCGAGGUGCCCGAGCCCACCUUCUUGGAGAACCUGCUGCGGUAUGGACUCUUCCUAGGGGCCAUCUUCCAGCUCAUCUGUGUGCUGGCCAUCAUCGUACCCAUUCCCAAGUCCCACGAGGCGGAGGCAGCAGCAUCUGAGUCCAGGAGCGCGGAGACGACGAGGAAGUCCAAGGCUACUGCUCCUUCCGCCAACAAGAGGCUCAAGAAGGAGGCCAAGAAGAAGCGGUAGAGGAGGCAGCCUGCAGAGCCUUGCGGGCGGGGCGAGGGCCUGGGGACAGCCCUCCGGGGGCGCAGUGUCCCCUUCCCUCGCUCCCGCCCAGGCUCAGGGUCUGGCUGGGAUGCCCUCUGGCCACAGAGGUCUGGACAAUCAUGACAGCCCCCCGCCCCAUCUGGGCAGACCACCACUUCCUCUUCCUUCUGUUUCCGUGACGGUUUAGGGCCAAGGGGAUGGAAACACCCUGUGAGCAGAGACUGUCUUGGAAGUCUGUCUGUUCAGAAGUCGGGUCAGCUCACAGAGUUACGUUUUCUUACUUAAUCACUGUGUCCAGCCUUUAGUCACCCACCUUGUGGGUUUACACUAUAUUUUAGCGUCAUCAUCUGAUACUGACAAGCACUGCCAUCUCCCAUUAUCUGUGCACCGCACAUCUGCUCAUCAGUCACCUUUGUCUCUGCUUGUGCACGUGGAGCCAGGCCAGGCCUCCCCAUUUGUUUAGGUCAAGACGCAUGACCACUGCAAUGUUAGUGGUCCCACUAGUGGGAC